GUUUGGUCGGCUUUGGGUGUCAGCCGCUUUGUAAUUUCAGUGAUAAAUAAAGAAAUGGACAGUGUAAUUUUUGUUUAAGUGAAUAGAACAUGAUUUAAUUGUAUGGUUAUGUGAUUAUUAAAACGAUACGCUGUUUAGUUUACAUGAAAGACAGGUACUUCCGCCAUGACAAUGGGUACUGUGGUCGGGAAGUGUUCCUUCGCGUUUUUAGUUUAUUUGGCGUGUAUUGAACUUUUGUAUCCUGUUUUGGCUGAAGACAAUGGAAUUAGUUUAACAGCAAAAGGUGAAAUCGGUAAUGAAUCAAAUAUUACUUGUGUUGUGCCCCUAGAAAAUGCUACUGUUGAGUGGCAGUUUCAAGGAGAAUCACUCAAAAAAGAUAACAGACUACACAUCACGGCAUCUCAAGGUACACUGUCGAGGAAAGAUCAAGAUGGCUCAUUGCAGAAGACUACAAUUUCCACAAUCAUCAUAACCAAUACUACAUCAGAUUAUGAAGGGAAUUAUACUUGUAUAGCCAAGCAAGGAACCGAAGGACCCAGUAUAAAGGAGUCUAGAUUUCUGGACCUCAGUUUCCCAGGAAGGCUCAUAAACACAACUAAAAGUCCUAUCCGUGAAAAUGCUACUAAUCACAAUAAUGUCACUCUGGAAUGCAUAUUUGAAGUUUAUAAGCCUGGAACGGUUGUGUGGUCGAAGCGUGGCUCGGAAGACGACACCAGCAACCUGAACGAUAUAAAACAAGAGAAUAUAAACCUUAAACAAGUGAAGAGCUCCGUCGUGGUCCGCAUCCGGAACGCGGACAACGACGACGGCUCGUACGUCUGCGAGGUGGACGACCGCGUCACGAGCAGGCGGCUGUCCGGCGUCAUCGACAUCCACGUGUACGCGAUGCCGGUCGUGGCCGUGGACAAGGCGGUCGCCGUCAACACCACCGAGGUCUUCCUCAACUGGACGGUCAAGUCCUACAGGCAGAAGAUCGCGAACUACACCCUGAUGUAUCGCGUGAACUCGUCCAACGAAACGUUUCGGUUUUGCCGCGAACCGAUAGACGUGAACAACACUUCGUUUGUGCUGAACGACCUGAACGCCUCCACGGAAUACCAGCUGGUCCUGCAGGUCACCACCGCCUACGGCACGAGCAAGUCCAAAAACGUGAUCGUGAGAACUUUGGACAAGGAACCGGUGUUUGUGCCGAACAUUUCUAUUAACGGUUUUUCCGCGACGUCAGUGACGAUAGGCUGGCAACCCCCGCCCGAAGAAAUAUCGUCUCUGAUCCACUACUACCUGUUAGAGGCGAGGAAGAAGGACGAGAACUCAACGAGGCGAGCCUACCACUCCGGAGGCAUCAUGAACCUGCCCUACAUGUUCGACAACUUGGAGCCUCACAGCACUUACAUAUUUCGGGUGCGCGCGUGCUCGGAGAUGACGCGGCGCUGCGGGCCCCGCUCGGCGGACAUGCAGGCGGCCACGCUGGACGGCACGCCGGGCCGCCCCGCGCGUCUCCGCCUCCGCUGCGGCGCGCGCUCCCUGCGCGUGAUGUGGGAGCCGCCCGAGCGACCCAACGCUGAGAUCAAGGGCUACAUGUUGGAAUUGACAGGGAAUGCUAAUUACAUAGAUAAAACGGGCAAGGAGCAGAAGACCACCUGGGGGCCCUUGUCGAAGUUCACCUCCAACGAUUCCAGGGAAGUCAGGUUCGAGGACCUGCAGCCCAACACGCAGUACACGGUGCGGCUGAGCGCCAUGACGCGCACGCGGCGCCGCGGCGAGGAGGAGCUGCAGCGCUGCACCACGGCGCGGGCCGGCCCCGACCUGCCGCCCAGCCCGCGCUGGAGGAAGAUAUUAGACAACGAUAAUUAUUAUUUCAAAGUGUACAUACCGCGCGUGUCGGAGAGAAACGGACCUAUAUGCUGCUACAGGGUGUACAUGGUCCGCGUGGCGGGCGACGCGUCGCUGCGGGAACUGUCCCCGCUGCGCGCCGGACACUCCGCGCACCUCGACGCCUACGUCACCGACAUCUUCUCCAACAAAAACUUCCCGCCGGAUUCCGAGCUGGUGAUGGGAGACGGGCGCUCGCACUACGACCCGGCGCGCGACCCCGCCCUCGCCGACGACAACUGCUCGCGCUGUCUCAAGGAACCCAGACGAUACACGGAGGCCGCGCCCUCGCCCCCCACCACCACCACCGCCCCCACCACCAGCACCGCCACCACCGUCGACGAGUACAUUGACGACGUGGACUACACCACCGACGAACCAGACCCCGCCGCGAGGAACGCACGACAUCUCGACAGUCAAAGCCCGCUCUUGGAAAGUAUUGAAGAUAAGGAGAAGGAAUGGGCGCCCUUCGACAGACCUUUGGAUCCCAACGCUGACUACACGCUCUACGUCGAACUCAUACCGGGCGUGCCGCACGAGGAGCCGCUGUACAGCGUGUUCCUGAACCUGCUGCGCGCCGCCGCUCCCCCCGCGCCCCCCUCCACGCCCUCGCCGCUCGAGCUCAUCCUGCAGGUGACGUGCGGCGUGGCGGCCGCGCUGCUGCUGGCCAUGCUCGCGUUCUGCGUGCUGCAAGCGCACCGCUUCAGGAAGCCGCCCCACGCGCACCUCGAAAUGAACCCUAUACAGUCGGCGUUAAGCUGCAUGGGGCUGGGCGGGCGCGGCGCGGGCGUGAGGGCGCGGGCGGCGCCGGUGCCCCGCGAGCAGCUCGCCGCCGCCUACCUGCAGCGCCAGCUCGACUCCGACUACGGCUUCCAGAACGAGUUCGAGUCCCUGCAGUCGGAGUGCCACGCGGACCGCACCACGCACGCGUCGGAGGCCCGCGAGAACCAGCACAAGAACCGCUACCCCGACAUCAAGGCCUACGACCAGACCAGGGUCAAGCUCUCGCAGAUCGACAGCAUCACCGGCUCCGACUACAUCAACGCCAACUACGUCAUGGGGUACCAGGACCGUAAGAAGUUCAUCUGCGCUCAAGGACCGACGGACGCCACCGUCAACGACUUCUGGCGCAUGGUGUGGGAGCAGCGCAUCGAGCUCAUCGUCAUGCUCACCAACCUCGAGGAGUACUCCAAGGUCAAGUGCUCCAAGUACUGGCCGGACGAGGUGCGCGGCGUCAAGGCCUUCGGGAGCAUCGCCGUGACCCACGUCGCCGAGAAGCGGUACUCGGACUACAUCGUCAGGGAGCUGAGGAUCACGAAGCAGCAGCCCUCCGAAGGGCAGCCCGUCAUCGAGAACAACGGCGUCGCCAAGAGAAAUGGCGAUAUAAAGGAGCCGCAGGAGUGGAGCGAGGAGGGCGAGGCCCGCGUCGUCCGACAGUAUCACUUCCUGAUGUGGAAGGACUUCGGGGCGCCCGAGUAUCCACAGUCGAUCCUUAAGUUCAUCAAGCGCGUGAACGAGGCGUGGGCGGCGGGCGCGGCGGGCGGCGCGGCGGCGGUGCACUGCUCGGCGGGCGUGGGGCGCACGGGCACGCUGGUGGCGCUGGACGUGCUGCUGGACGAGCUGCGGGAGCGCCGCGCCGUGUCCGUGCUGCCCACCGUCGCCGACCUGCGCCGCCAGAGGAACUUCCUCGUGCAGUCGCUGAAGCAGUACAUAUUCGUGUACCGCGCGCUGGUGGAGUACGCGCACUACGGCGACACGGAGCUCCCGGCCGCGCAGCUGCGGGCCGCCGUGGACCGCCUGCGGAGCACCCCCGAUGGCGCCGACCGCAGCCUCAUGGAAGUCGAGUUUGAGAAAGUCCUGAAGGGUCCGGUGGAGGAGCCCCCGCGGCCGUGCGCAGGCGGCGCCGAGGAGCUGCGCUGCAAGAACCGCAGCCAGGAGCACCUGCCCUACACCAGGAACCAGGUCAUCCUGGCGCCGCUGCCCGGCCGGGACUACUCCACAUACAUCAACGCUUCCUUCAUCGAAGCAUACGACAACUGGGAGGGCUUCAUCAUAACCCAGGACCCGCUGCCCAACACCAUCGCGGACUUCUGGAGGAUGGUCUCCGAGCACAACGUAUCCACCAUAGUCAUGCUGAGCGAGCUGGGCGAGGGCAAGUGCCCGCGGUACUGGGAGGACGGCGCGGCGCAGUACGAGCAGCUGACCGUCCAGUACGAGGACAGCGAGUCGCUGCCCUACUACACGCGCAGGCAGUUCCGCCUCAUCAGCAAUAAGGGCGGCGGCGCGGAGAGCGUGCGGCAGCUGCAGUACGUGGGCUGGCCGACGGCGCCCGGCGCGGUGCCCGAGGUCACGCGCGGCGUCGCCGACCUGGCCGACCUCGCCGCGCCCGCGCGCCCGCACCGCCUGCUCGUGCACUGCCAGACGGGGUGCGAGCGCUCGCCGCUGUUCGUGGCGCUGUGCGUGCUGACGGCGCAGCUGCGUGCGGAGCGGCGCGUGGACGUGUGCGGCGCCGUGCGCAAGCUGCGGGCGCAGCGGGCCAGGACCAUCGACACCUUCUCGCAGUACGAGUUUCUGCACCGAGCGAUCUUAAACUACGCGGAGCUACAUAAUCUACUAGAAGACAGUUAAAUGUAUACAGACUAUAAAUACAUCGGGAUAAGGCUUAAAAUGCAACGUGAAUGUUAGUGUUGAUUGCGUCCAAACAGUAUUCGCUCGACGGUAGAUAGUUAUCAGGCAACACAAGCAAAAGUGCGAUAUUCAUGUUUUUUGACGGAUUGAAAAUAUUCUUUAUUUUCUUAACAAUUAGGUUGAAACUGUAAUGAAUGAAGUCUCGAGGUAUGGUUCUGGUAACCAUUUACCAUUAGACAAUCUGUAAGCUCCAAAAACUUCCUUACAUCGCCAGUGGAAAGCUUCGGAAUGCUCCGAGGUAGAAAUUAAUAAUUUGUAGACAUUGACAUUCGCGUUUUUAUGUCCAUCGUCUGUUGCCGCGUGACGUGACGACGGACGCUGUACAACAUAAGGAUCUCUCUUUCUCUCAAACACACACUCACCCCCUCUCUGUCUCUUUCUCUCUCGUCAAGCAAGUGUGAAGGUGAUAGACAGGGAUGGCAAUACUGAUUUGGUGUAUUAAAUAUAAUAGAUUUAACUUUCCUUUCGUUUAAGUUUUGUAUAUUUUGUGUAUUUGUAAUCUUUUUUUUUCAUAGUUGACGAAAGAAAUGAAAGGGUUGUUUUAAAUUCUGAAUGUACAUCCUCGCUAACAAGUUUGAAUACAUUGAUGUGUCUGUCUCGCUCCGACACGGAACAAUUAGUACGCGUGCGACAGUGACAGAAUCGGUUUGCUGACGUCAUCGUCUCGCGGUCACAAUAUCGUAACCGUGUGUGCCGCGGCGGAGGUAAUAAUAACGCACUCCUAAUGUGUGCUUAGUGCGAGUUUUUUAACGUUCUCGAUCAGGUAAAAGUUAACUUGAAUUUGUAUGGAGUUGGAACAGUG